AUGGUAAAUGACCGGGGUAACGCCCACAAAAAGGCAAACAAGACAUUAUCAUGUAACCAAUCGAAAAACAGCGAAUAUCGAAAUGCACAAGUUAAGGAUACUUCAAAGAAAGCCACUCAUCACACAACAAAGUCAAACAGUCCACAAAAGGAAUUAAAAACAGGCUUGCAGAAUACACCAAAACAUGUAUCACUGCCAGGGAAACGAGGUAAAGAGAAGCAAAUCGUGUCAAGCGCUAAAAAUAGAACUGUGGUAAACCAAGACCGUGGCAAAUUGACGAGAUCCCAGGUUACGGAGGUGGACGGAAGAGCGAACCGGCGGGGGUCGAGAAGAACAGCGAGUCGAGAACCAAUGGUAGACAAGGUCGAUUGGAGAAAAAAUAUGUAUGACUAUGGUUGUAAUUUUGUAAUAAGUGGAGAUUUCAAAACACGUGUUUGUGAAAAGCCGGAUUAUGUUGAAAAUGAAAAUAUUCAUGUUGUGAAUUUAUUAUCAUGUGAUUAUAUUAUGGAUGAUUGUAUUCCAAGAGUCAGUAAAGAUAAGAAUGUAAAUGAGUAUGGCAAACAGUUGUUGGAAUUCUGUAAGGCGACAGGGUUAGGAAUUGUGAAUGGAAGGUGUGGAUUAGAUAAGGAUAUUGGAAAGUUUUCAUUUGUAAAUUCUCAAGGCUGUAGUUUGAUUGAUUAUGUCUUAUGUGAAAAUUUAUCAAGAGGUAAUGCUGAUUUAGAUGUAAAUCUUUUGUCUUUUACUGAUAUAAUGGAUAUUAUAUGUAAACCUUUAUUUAAAAGGAAUAUUUGUAAAAAAAAUGAUAACAGUAAAGAAAAUGUUUGCAAAGAUGCUGAAUAUUUUGAUAGUGACUGUUUUGAUUUAAAGAGAAAUUAUUAUAAAUGUUUGAAUUAUUAUAGAAAUAACCCUUGUGAUGUUACAAGAAUAGAUAUGGUGCAUGCAAGGAGAGAUUAUAAAAAUGAGGUAAAAAAGAAAUUUGUAUUUUACAAGUCACAAACAUGUAAACUAGAAAAUGCUAAAAUGAAUAAUGCAAAAUUGUAUUGGAAGAUGCUUAAAGGAUCUAUUGGUAACAACUCAUGCUCCCUUACAUCCGGUGAUUUUGUAGAAUAUUUCAGAUCUAUAAAUGAUCCUGAAUCAGUGUUUUUCUAA